AUAUUUGACAUGGGCCUAAAUAAAUAUAGUUAACUAACUUGGCAGUAUUGUCAGUUUGGGAAAUAUUUUCUUUAAUUAAUUAUAGAUUUUCUUCACGAAGUUCCAGGAUAACAGAUGAGAGGACAUGGAAUUUGGAAAUAAUCUCUAGACAAAUAAAUAUAAAUGAACCAUGUAACAGAAAUAAAGAAGAAAAUAAAAAUUUUGAGAAAAUGCUAGGUAAAUCUAUGGGUGAUUAUCAGAGAUUAUUAGAAGUUUUUUCUUGUUCUCUUGGUUACAGAGUUUUAUUUUUAUUUUACUUGUUACUAUUUCAAAAGAUAAAGUGGUAUGAUGCACAUAUGUAGCAGCUACUCAAUAAAUAAGUGGUUAUACUUAGCCUUUUCUCUUUAAUAAUAACAAAGGAACUAUUAAAAUAGGCAAAGAACAGAUAAUAUUUUAUGAAUCAGGAAGAAUAUUUUGCAGUUGAUGAAAGUGAGUUAAAACUGACAGCAAAGGAUUUUUUGAAUGGUAUUCCCAGAGUCCAUUGAUGAUAAGAUUCAAUUUGGGGUCUGGAGCAGGUACUACUCUACUGGUUCACCUAGAACAAGUCACUGAAUUUAUGUUGGAUUUUAGUUUUCCAGUUUGUGAAAUUAAGGAAUUGGGCCAAAUGACCUGCAUUUCUUUUGGGUGUAUCACAACCAAAAUGCUGUAACUUCUUAUAAAGUGAGGUAUGGAAUCCUAAAGUUUAUGUUAUGGAGUACUUUACGCUGUGAGUGAGUACACAUGUAUUUGUAUAGCUGUGAACAAAUGAAUUCUAAAUAAAAACGUGAUGAUUCUACAAAAUGCAUUCUAACUUUAACAAAUGUUCCCUCAUAGUUCUCUCAGAGUUAACUAUAAGCUAUAAAACAUUAUAAGCAUUAAAAGCAAAGUAAAAUCUAGCCCAGUAGUUCAAAGUUCUCCAAAGUCAUGCUAAUCAAAUCAGGUGAUGUAUCAAUAAAGCUCAUAUGACUGAAAGAAAUGGAAAACUAUGUUUCAUUCCUGCAGUAAGAGGAAGCUGAAUGUCACUAGAAACUUGAGCGAGCUUUAGAAGAGGAAGGGUUCAAUUUAGGAAAAUCAUCAUUUUAGAUGCUCUGAAAAAGCUUAUUGGACAGAACGUAGGUUCAUCCAUUCUUUCCACAAAGGAGGACCUGAGCGAUGAGUGGUUUCUGGCUGGUGGAGGCGUGUGCUUGGUGGAGAACACUGUUACUUGACAUUGUUCUUGCCUGAAACGAGGUGAUAAAACUGGGACUUGCUUACAGAAGUGAAAAACAGUUUGCCGAAAAACAGAUCUUGUUUGUUGUUCCUCUAUCAUCUUAUUCUUAAUUAUAAAUCAUGGAGGAUGAAAAUAAAACAAUUGAACAUGAAGAUUUGGAACCAACAGGGGUGAAUCACACAGCUUCCAUGUAUCAAGAAACACAGGAGGAAACAGUUAUGAACCUCAAAGGUAUAAAUGGAAAUGAACCAACAGAAGGAAGUAGCGUUGUGAAUACCAGUGAAAGAAGCCUGCAGGAAACACCAUCUGAAUCAAAUUGUUUGCAAAGACUGAAGCAAACAUUCACUUGCCCUCCACAUGGCUUACUGGAUAGAGUAAUAACGAAUGUUACCAUGGUUGUUCUUCUAUGGGCUGUAGUUUGGUCAAUUACUGGCAGCGAAUGUCUUCCUGGAGGAAACCUGUUUGGAAUUAUAAUCCUUUUCAUAUGUGCCGUCAUUGGAGGUAAAAUUAUGGGGCUCAUUAAGUUGCCUACAUUGCCUCCACUGCCUCCUCUUCUUGGCAUGCUGCUUGCUGGGUUUCUCAUAAGAAAUAUCCCUGUCAUCAGUGAGAACGUGCAGAUCAAGCACAAGUGGUCUUCUGCUUUGCGAAGCCUAGCCCUGUCUAUUAUAUUGGUUCGUGCUGGCCUUGGGCUGGAUUCAAAGGCCCUGAAGAAGUUGAAGGGUGUCUGUGUACGAUUAUCCAUGGGUCCUUGUCUUGUGGAAGCAUGCACGUCCGCCCUUCUUGCCCACUUCCUAAUGGGUUUACCCUGGCAAUGGGCAUUUAUACUGGGCUUUGUUUUAGGUGCUGUGUCUCCAGCUGUCGUGGUGCCUUCAAUGCUCCUUUUGCAGGAACGAGGCUAUGGUGUUGAAAAGGGUAUCCCAACCUUACUCAUGGCUGCUGGCAGCUUUGAUGACAUUCUGGCCAUCACUGGCUUCAACACAUGCUUGGGCAUGGCCUUUUCCACAGGCUCCACAGUUUUUAAUGUCUUCAAAGGAGUUUUGGAGGUGGUAAUUGGUGUGGCAGCUGGAUCUCUUCUUGGACUUUUUGUUCGGUACUUUCCAAGCAGUGACCAGGACAAACUAAUGUGGAAACGAGCCUUCCUCGUCUUGGGGCUGUCCGUGCUCGCAGUGUUCAGCAGCUCGUACUUCAGCUUCCCUGGCUCCGGAGGACUGUGCACAUUGGUCCUGGCUUUUCUCGCAGGCCUGGGGUGGGCCGGCCAAAAAGCAGAGGUUGAAAAAAUUGUUUCCGUUGCCUGGGACAUCUUUCAGCCCCUUCUCUUUGGACUGAUUGGGGCAGAGGUAUCGAUUGCAUCUCUCAGACCAGAAACUGUAGGCCUUUGUGUUGCCACCCUGGGAACUGCAGUUUUGAUACGAAUUUUGACUACAUUUCUGAUGGUGUGUUUUGCUGGUUUUAACAUAAAGGAAAAGAUCUUCAUCUCUUUUGCAUGGCUUCCGAAGGCUACAGUCCAGGCUGCAAUAGGAUCUGUUGCUUUGGACACAGCAAGAUCACAUGGAGACAAACAGUUAGAAGAAUAUGGAAUGGAUGUAUUGACAGUGGCAUUUUUGGCCAUCCUCAUCACGGCCCCAAUUGGAAGUGUCUUGAUUGGUUUACUUGGCUCCAGACUUCUCCAGAAAGCUGAACAUCACCAUAAAGAUGAAGAAGUUCAAGGGGAGAUUUCUGUACGACUUUAGAGGUGAAAAGAAAGAAUGCUGAAUAUAAUGAUUACAAAGCUGCUAACAGAGGCUACUUUUGGCAACUAGCAGAGACUACUUUUAUCAAAAUGGAUAGUGAAAUAUGUAAUGUCUAGUCUUAAAAUGUAAUAAAACCAAAAGUGUGGCUAUUUCUUUAAACAGCAUUUUUAGCCAUUAUCCUUUAUAAGUGGGAGGUGAUGUUCUGCAUCUUCAGUCUAACCCCUCUACCUUCUCUUUUUUUUCAAACACCCCUUCAUCAUACAUCUUGAUUUACAUAGGAACACACACACACUUUAAUGUACUACCACAAUUUAAAAAGCACAUGGGAAAGACUAGGUUCGGAAUCCUGUUCUGCUAGCCAACAGCUUUCUCUGAUUUAACUGUCACUCUCACAGCUUCAUGAUGCAUGGUCACCUAGCCUCUCAUGUGUUGAGUUGGCUCCUCUUUUUUUGGCUCCUCUGUUUUUGUUUGUUUGUUUGUUUUUAAAUACCAUAAUCCAGUGCCUCAUCAGUUUCUACCCUCACUUUCACUGCUAAUAUGCCUCACCUCCAUGUCUACUCCUCUUACUAUGUCUGAUUGGUCCUACCAAAAUGUUAAAGUGCACAAAAUAUCUUCCUUGGUUCUUCCCCUUGCAACUAUCUAGAAUCUAGAUGUUAACCUCAUUCAGAGCAUUGGUCAGGCCAACCAAAUUUACUCAACCCCGACCACAGAUGGAAAUAAUUAUUCUUACAUUCAGGUCCCUGAAAGAAGAGUAUAUGUACCCUACACAUACUUGUGUCAGAGCACUCAUAAUCCCUUUCUGUUAUUUGUUUUUAUGUGUUUGUCUCCUAUUAAAUCAGCCAGAUAUGGGUGGGAGCACUGUCUUGGUCAUCUGUGAGUCUUCAGCAUUUUGCAUAGGGCAUGGAAGAUAGUAGGCAUUUAAUAAACAUUUAUUGACCUAAUCAGUGAGGGGAUCUUCUUCCACUGUAGAAAACUACCUGGCACAUAACAGUUCAGACCUUAGUCUGCUUAGUCUGACUUAUUCACCUCAGGCUGUCUAACAAAAUACCAUAGACUGAGUAGCUUGAACAACAGAUGAGUAUUUUCUCACAGUUUCAGAGGCUGAGAGACUAACAUGAGGUUGCUGAUGACAGAGGUCCUCCUGACUUGCCCAUUGCCUCCUCUUCACUGUGUUCUCACAGGGUGAGGCAAGAGAUGGGGAUGGAGGAGAGUAUGCAAGUUCUCUUGUUUCUCUUCUUAUUAGAGUCCUCAUCCCAUCAUCAGGGCCCUGCCCUUCUGACCUCAUCUAAACCUAAUUAUCUCCCAAAGGCCCCAACUCCAAAUACUAUCACACUGGAGGUUAGAGCUUCAAAAUAUUGAAUUAGCAAGGGGGUGGGGAAAAGAGGAGGACACAGUUCAGUCCAAAGCAGGAUGUCAUAUUUCUAAGUAUGGUACUAAACAAACACUGAAAGUUCUUGUUCUUCAGUGCCCUUUUAAUUCCUACGACCAGUGCCAUUCAUAUUCUCUGUGAGAAGUUUUUUUUUUUCUUUCCCUUAGAUAGGCUGAUUAGGUUUCAGAUCUCUAAGUGAUUUUCACAUUUCAGCAUUUUUCUCUUUGGUAUUAAUGCCAAAUAACCUUGACUGGACUUGGGUGCCCUCAAAAUUUCCUGAGCCAAUCACUUGUAUUUGCAAACAGUCUCAUCCAUUACAGUCUUU